UUGAAACACCCAAACAUCUGUCUCUUGUUUCUGAGUCCCAACGACCAAUGGCCAAGUCCCCGAUCUCCGCCUCGGAUGACGUCACUGUGUUCGUAACCACCAGCCUUGUCACCUACUUGGCCAUCACCGUCUCCGGCAACGAGACCAUCUCCGACCUCAAAAGAAAAUUGGAAAAUGAGCAUAAGUUGAGCGAUGGAGAAAUCAAGAUACGAUCUUUGAAGGUGAACCGGAGGGGAUGCUUGUAUCGCCUCUCGGACUGCAUGCGUGUUAGAAGCAUUGCCAGUGGAGUGGAGAAAGAGUGUUUUCUUUUUGCUGAUGCUUCUGUUAUAGAAAAGAUUGGUGAAAUCGAGCAUGGUCCCCAAAAUGUUGGUUCUAGUAUGCAAUUAAUCGGUUCUGGAAUUUGUGAUAAUGCAGUUCUUAGUGGGGCUGAUCAUCCUUUGGAUGUUCUUAGCAAAAGGUUGUUUGGUGUUGAUGAUUCAGUGCCAUUGCUUAUAGGGGGCAACAAGAAUAAUAUUGUAGACCAGAAUGGUUCAGUGGAUUCUGGUAGAGAAACUUCAAAAGAUAUGGAGAUAGAAAUCAAGCAUUUUGAUGAUGAUCAUCUCAAAGCUUCAUUUGAUGAGACAAACAAUGGGUCAGUACCUGAAACCCAAGAGGGUGGCAGCCUGUUUCAUGAGGGGUUUAGAGUUCCGGCAGCACCGGAACAGAAGGAAGUAAGUGAGGCCAAAACCAGCGCAUUGUUGGGGGAAGCUUCACCUUCUGCAAAGAAAAGACGUCAGGCUAAGCGGAAAAGUGAAGAAGCAGUGCAUCUGAAAGGAAAUGAUGCUCCAGUUCAUGGAAUCUAUGAAGAACAGUCACAGAUAGAAGACUCAUUAAAUGAGGGUGGAGAUGUUGCAUGUGAUACCUUGGUUGUAAACAUAACUACUACAGAAGAAUCUCGCAGGGAUUUGGCUUCCAAUAACAGGUCAGACUCUGAAAUUAAUAGGACCAGUGAUACACACAAAGAAUCUGAUACUUCAGGAGAACACGCUAAGAUUAGAAAAGAUACAUCUAUGAACUGCAAUACAGCAGUUGAAGAUCCUUCACAAUCUCAGACUCAAACUGCUUCAAAGAAAAAGUGUGAGUUUGAAAAUAUAACUAAUUCUGAAGAUUCGUUGAAAGAAAAUAAAGUCUUGAAUUGUGAUUUUAAUGAAGAGUCUUCCCAACGAGAUGCUUCAGAAUCUCGGACUGCUUCAAAGAAAAAGCGCAAGUUGGAGAAAGUAACUGAUCAUCUAGAUUCGAUCAAUGAAAACAAUGUCAUUAUUUGUGAUUCUAAUAAAGAGGCUUUCCAACCAGAAAUUGCAUCUGAACUCUCUGUGGGGAAAACUGCAAGUACUACCUUAGAGGGUUCACUUGCUAAAACCUCAGAUAUGUUGACCAACAGCUUAGACAAAAUGAAGAAGAAAAAGAAAAAGAAAGAAUUGAAGCCUCUGGACCAAGUGGUUGAUGCCGCACCUUCUGACAGUGGUGAUAUGGAAAAGAGAUCUAUGGUAGCUUCUGCAGGAAUGAACAUGGAAAAAUCAAGUGGAGAAGAUACUUGUGUUCCUAUCCAAGAGUUGCAGGAAAAUCGUAAAGCACCCUCCUCACUUGAUAAUUCUACUGAAGAAAAAGCAGAAGGUCAUCCUACCCUUGUUGUCAAAGCUCAUGGUGAAAAUGGAUCAAGUUCAGCUGAAAGAGUUCGAGAGAAGAGAGAGCCAUCACAGACAAAUGACUCUGAAGCAAUGUUGUCUGAAAACCAGGGUAAAACAGAUGGGAGCAAUGCAGAACUGAUUGUGACAUCUGAUUUAUUGAAUGAAAAUGAACCUGUCACUGCUAGUGAGAAGAAAACAAAGAAAAAGAAGACCAAGGGUUCCCUUGGUGCAGAACUGAUUAUAGAGUCUCAAUGUGAUAUUUCCUUGGCUGAACCUCAUGAAGCUGUACAUGGUGAACAUGACAGUGGUAAAGCUAAGACCAAAGAGAGUAAUCUCUCUCAGAAAAAGGGAAAAGACAUAUCAAACAAAGAGACAGAGGGUGGCCAUAUAAUUAAUAAGCGGGAUGGCAGUGAGGUGGAAACUUCACAGCAAGUUGGCGAAACUCCAGAAAAUGCAGGAAGCACGAAAAAGAAGUCCAGGGGGAAACAUGAUGCCGUGACACGAGAUAAGUUGGAAGCAGAAGAGAGUUGCCAUAUAAUUAUGGAAGCUGAUAAGUGUGACGGCAGUGAGUUGGAAACUUCACAGCAAGUUGGCAAAAGUACGAAAAAGAAAUCCAAGAGGAAACAUGAUGCUAUGACACAAGAUCCCCAGAAGUUGGAAGCAGAAGAGAAAAGGGCUAGUCACAUGGACCCUGCUCAAACAACUGAUAAACGUGAUGGCAAUGUGGUGGAAACUUUAGAACAAAUUGGCAGACUUCCAGAAAUUGCAGAAAGUACUAAAAAGAAAUCUAAGAAGAAACAUGAUGAUGGGACACAACAUCCCCAGAAGUUGGAAGUAGAAGAGAAAAAUGCUAGUCACCAGCAUCCUGCUCUAACAAUUGAUAGUAGAAUGGAGGCAUUAGCCAGCAAAAAGAAGAAAAGUAAGCUGGCAAAGACAAUUCCAAUUGAUCAGUCAAAUGCAAAAUGCCUAAAAUCUGGUACAGAGUAUGGAGUUCAAAAUGGUACACUCCGUGCUUGCCCAAAUUCCAUGUCCGAGUCUAAUAAAUUUCCUUCUCAACAAGAACACAUUUCUGCUGGGACAUCUCUCCUACCUAAUCUUUCUGGUAACCAUGAGGAGUUUUCGUGUGAAGAAGAGAAUGACUUUCAUAAGUAUAUGGUGCCUAGCCAAAACAAGAAUAAAGUUGGUUCUGGUGAAAUGCAUGUGGAAGAGGUGACAAAAUCAACAAAAGCGGAUAGUAAGCUGAAGUCUAAAAAGAAAUGCAAAGCAGUUGAUUCAAGUGGUUGCUCACGCGAUCUGCAAAGUCCACGCAGGUCUGAUAAACAGGGGAUUGGUGGAAAGUCUGAAGCUAGCAUAUCUAGCUCCAUGCAACGUGAAGGAUCAAUAUCUAAUGUUGAUGGUGUUGUGUCUCAGCCUCAGAGAAGUGAGAGAAUUGCUUCCAAAAGUGGGACUAAAGCCCAAUCAUCUGAUGCAUCUGGUAAGAUGAAUUCCAUUCCUAAGGUAGCUGCAAAGCAGAGUACCAAUGGUUCUGGGGUCAAUAGCCUUACCGAGAAAAAGAAUGAAGCUGUUGCUGUAUCAAGUUUGAAGCGGGAAAAAUCAAACAAUAAAGAACAAAAUAAACCGGUUAAAAAGUAUCAAUCAGGUGUGACUCAGAAUGUUGUGGCCAGUGGAAAGGCUCCAGCUAAGGAUGAUGGGGAAGUCUUGAAUAACUCGAAACAUAAGAAGAGCUCAGCUGCACAGGUGGCCCCCGAGUACAGGAAUGGAAGUUCUGAACGCAAAGAUGGAGUUGUUGAUUCAGGUGCCAGCACCACUUCAUCUGAUUACUCAUUGUCGUCUGAAUCUGACUACUCAGAUGAGGAAAGCAAUGCAGGAUCUUGUGCCUCGUCAGGGAAGAAGGGUACAGGGAGAAGCGGAUAUUCUAGCAUAAACGGUAAACCGGCAAGAAGGAUAAAAAAUGAUGACAUUUUUCUUAAGUCGAGCGUCUACAAGAAGGUGUUUGAAGCAACGAAGUCACAACCGGAAGAAGACAGCGAGGCUCCUGAAUUUAUUCCAGACAGUCAGCCUCCUGCCAAGUAGAGACGUUGCUAUAAUUUCAGAAUGUAGUUUUGUGGGUUUUUCUCUAAUGGACGAGUCUUUAGGGGCAGUUGAUAGGAGGGUUUUUCGUUCAAUACUUCUACAUUUUGUUCCAUGGUUUAGGCAAAACUAGAACCUAUCACCCCCCUCAUCUUCCGCUUGUUUGUACUUUAUGUUGUAUCAGUAGCCAACAAAAUCAUGCAUUUUUUCCAUUAAGAUUGGAUCCCAUCUUUGUAAUCCAUAGCAUUCCAUUCUUAACUCUUAUCAAAAGUGUAGUCUCAAAGUAUGCCUAGUAUGAUUAUGGCGCAAUCGUUGGAAACCAGAUUGAGCCUUUUUAUGUAUUUUAUGCAUAGCACCCUACCAACA